AUGAUCUCAUAUUUCAGGUUCAUGAUGCAGGGCGCGUUAUCCCGUGAAGUUGCCGCUCCUCGCGCCCUCCUCGCUCGAGAGGAUGACGCGCAGAAUAAUAACGAUGAUGCUCAAAUUAUGAGCUUGAAUGCUCAACUGGUUGAGGCGGAAUCGGACGCCGACAAGUUGCGAAGCCAACUGUGGGCUGAAAGGUUAAAACACAACCAUGAGAUACAGUCACUCAAGGAGACAUUCGAGACUGAGAUGCGAAUCAAAGAUGCCCAGAUCGAGGAGGCUCAUCAGAAAACCAUGAGCCUUCAGUAUGCUCUUCUUGACGUCAGCAAGAUCGAGCAAGAAGUCGAGCGAGCCAAGGACAUAAACGACGCUCUGGAGGAGGAAUUGUUGAUCUACACUCAGCAUAUAAAAGACGUUGAGGCCAGAGUCAAUCGCACCCCCUCGCCGAUCCCACAAAGCCGAGUAGAUGAAGAUGAUGAUGAUGAUGAGAGAAGCGAGGACAACAUGGAAGUCCAUCAAGACGAUCGAAAAAAAUGCUCCAUCAUAGUCGAUUUCGAAGCGACGUGCAACACUGGAAUCUGCAAAUUCCCAGGCGACGAUUGUCCAGUAAUCCGGGGCGGGUGCAAGCAUCCCUUCCACCUGCACUGCAUCAACAAGUGGCUCACCUCACAGGAAGAAAAUCGUCAAGAGAAAGUGUGCCCUCUUUGCCGCCAAGUCUGGAGCUACAAAAACGAGGAAGAGGACAAAACCGAAACAAUGACGGGAGAGGCGGAAACUGCGGAAAACGGAACACCUCAAUUCGUCCUUCCAACGCCCAUUUUCAACGACGACGAUUGA